ACACGUAUCGUCUUUCCCAGAAAAAAAUUUAAAGUUUCUUUUUAAAAAACUAAAAACAUCAUAACAAAAAAAUUGAAAUGAACCAUAAAAUGGAGUCACAAAGCUCUGGGCAUUUCCCUGGCGUUCUGUUUCCCAAGAACAGUGAUGUCAUAAUGUCCUAUUGAGUCUUAGGACCUUCUGGGCCACAAGAAGAAAGUCCUGAGGAGACAGUAGAUUGCUGGAUAAAUCACACCAAUUUCCCAAUGGAUUUUAUACUGUUGUUCUUUUUAUCUGGGGUUUUCCUCCCGAACAUUUUCAGUCUACAGCCCACUGUGGAACAGGAUCCUGGUGUGACGAUUUCAGAUGAUCAGUAUUAUGAUGAGGAAGAAAAUAAUACAGAAGAGAAUUCUGUUAUUUUCCAAAAAUUAGAAGAUAAUGGAGAUGAUACUCCUGCCAAUGAGAAAACUGGCAAUUACUAUAAAGACAUAAAGCAAUAUGUGUUCACUACACCAGAUUCAAAAGGCACGAAAACUGAAGUGUCUGUGACAGCCACAACGGACCUGAAGUUUACUAUGAAGGACUAUAAAUCCAGCAAAGCAACUGCCAGUGGAGAAGAAGAUAAACGUAGUGAAACCUCUCGUAAAAGCUCAACCCCCAAUGUGCCUGCAUUCUGGACAAUGUUAGCGAAAGCUAUAAAUGAAACAGCAGUGAGCAUGGAUGAUAAAGAUCUAUUUUAUCAAGCAAUUCCAGCCUCUGAUUUAAAUUCUACCAAUGAAGACCAGCUGUCAGAGCUAGAGGAAAUCAAGCUCAAGUUAAUGCUGGGAAUCUCACUGAUGACACUUAUUCUCUUAAUUCCCCUCUUGAUAUUCUGUUUUGCCACACUGUACAAAUUGAGACACCUACGCGACAAAACUUGUGAGAGCCAAUACUCCGUCAACCCAGAGCUGGCAACUCUCUCUUACUUCCAUCCAUCAGAAGCAGAUACAUCUUUUUCCAAAAGUGCAGAGAGCACAUUUUGGGGCCACCCUUCUUCAGAGAUGAAACAAUCCAGCAUAAGAAGUUCAAAAUCUAAAUCUAUGGAUUUUUCUGCAGGUUCUAAUCAAACAGUCUUAACCGAAGAGUCAAGCUUUCUUCCUCCUGAGGAGUCGGGUAAGGUGGUCAUCAUUGAGAGUAACACAGUGAAUCAGGCUGAAAUCACGGAAGAAAGAAUCUCUGAGUAAAUAACUUUAAUUCUUUGGUUAUAAAAACAGACCUGUGUUUGUCACAUAAAUGUUCUCCUUUUGAUACUGCACAUUUCAGAAACAUCCACAUUUUCUGACUUCCUAAGGACAUUCAAUAAAAACUAUCACAGUUAUUAUGUUAUAAAAGUUAUUUAAAAGAAAAUGUACAAGGAAAUAAUUUAAGGGAAACUUGUCAAAUAAGCUCAUCAGAUAGUCUAGAGACUAUGACAGGUCUUCGUGGCUGGAGGUACCUCACUGAUAGAACCCUAGCUGAGUAUGCUCAAGACCACCUUGGAGCUACCGAUCCACCCACGCUUAGAGCAAUAAAACCUCACACUAAGACUCAUCUUUAAAUGAGGGCAUUUACAUCUUUACCUUUACAUGUGCCUGACUACUUUACUGCUGUCUACACCAAAGUUAAAAAAAAGUCUGGCUUAUGUUUCAUUAGCUAAACAGUGGUACCAACAAGAGAUAAAACUAAGCCAGCAAUGAAUACUGCUAGCAUUCUUGAGUUGUUUUGAGGCUAUGCAGCUGCUCUUACUGGUCAGGCGGAAAAACAUGGCCAGCAAGAUAGCUCAGCUAGAAAGUGCUUGCCAUAUAGAAGCCUGACAACCUGAGUUAGAUCCCUGGAACCCAUGGAAUGAGCAAACCGGGACUCAAUUCCUGCUUGUCCUGACAUCUCCAGGUAUACUGUGGCAUGGGUGUAUGUGCCCAUACAAACAUGAUAGUGAAUUAAAGAGUUCCUCCAUUUCUAAAAUACUUGUAAUCUUUGGGGAUAACAUGUUGUGCCAGUAAAUCACAGAAGAGGUCCUUUCAGCGGGUAAUUUCCUAGAGAGGGAGUUGUUAUUGUUUACAGCUCUCUCUCCCACCAGUCACAUGCACCCAGGAUCACUGUGCUGUAACUGGGAAGACACUUCAAAGUCUGACUUUAUUAAAAACUAUAGAAGCUAUCUAUACAAAGGAUAUUUCAAUUUAUGAAAUAGAGAUACCGUGUCCUUAAGUGGAACCAUCCUAGGGCAGGCAUCUGGUCAUUUAUUUGUAGGUAUGUGGAUGUAGAAAAGACCCAGAGCAGAUGCCAACAGGCCUCCAUUUACUGGCUGCCGGACACUUUGCAUCACACUGAGUUACACUAUGCCAUGAAAGACGCAUUUAUUUCACAAACCAAGUUAUGGAAUCUCGUGGGCUGUGGAUGUCCUUAGUAGGAUGCUUCUGUAGCAUGCAGAAGGCCCCAGUUUCUGUCCUCAGUACCAAAUAAAUCUGGGCAUUAGCGGUACACACCUGCAGUGCCCACACCGGGGAAGGAGGGACAGGAGGAUCAGAAGUUUAUCUUUAAUUACAUAGGGAGUCUGAGGCCAGCCUGGGAUACAAACCCAUGGAAUCUCAGGUGAGCCAGAGCCAUGCCUUACCUGAGUUGCUUGAGUGUGGCUAUGAUCCACAAAAGGUCAAAGGCCCUUAGGGACAAGGAAGUCCAGAGGACAUUAGCUUUCGCAGUGUUAUUUCAUCUCAUGAGAAGUUCUUUUUACUGUCUUUGGCUUAGCAAGAUGUUUCUUCUUCCCUGUGGAGCCUAGAGUCACUUCUCUUUCCCCACCACUUCGAGAGUCCUUUAGGUGCUCUUUUCUCUCCAGACUCUGUUUCACUCACCAUUGGUUGAGAGGGCAAUGAAGUUCCACCUUUGAGUAGCUGUGGACUACAUAAGCCUCUACCCAUGAGAGAAACUCGAUUACAGGGCAGGCGUUCACUUUGUCCUGAUCCUGCCCAAUAGUGGACAGUUUCUGAGGCACCGUGGGUCGCCCUGAGCAUUUGCUACCCUCUGCCAGUUCCUUUUGCCAUUUCUCAGGUCUUUCUGACAGUUCUAGGGCUGGAUUCAAGCCUGUGUACUGGCACCUCAAGCCAUGAAGGCGGGUGAGGGGUCAGUGAGCUCAAAUGGCUGCUGGCGCUUGAAUGUAGCAAGGCACUAAGGAGUUCAGUUGAGUCUCCCAGUGUGGAAGGCCUUGUGAGAAGAUGGCAGGAGGUUAUCACUAAGGCCACUAAUAGUGCCUCGUUUUCCCCUCUGUCCCUCCCCCAUCCUUAGAGGUGUGAGGAAUUUUCUUGUUUGAAAACAGUGGAAAAGUCCACUUUCAAAUCAAAAUGUUUCUAGUUGUAAAACAAAGCGUUAUAAGGAAGUUUAAUGACUCUAGUAUUACUAAAAUGGGCAAAAGUGACAUGUUAACUAGGUUUUGAAAGUUAUUCCAGUAUGUUGCCCAGUUAUAGAACCCAGGUCUGGCACGCACAAGGCCCUGGGUUUAAUCUCCAGCAGCACAAAAACAAAACCAACAGUAAAACAAACAAAUCAAAAAACAAAACACCACCUGGCUUUCCAGACUCCUGACAAAACUGAUAGAUAUUUAGAAAGGACAGUCAGUAGGGAUGUUUGAGGAAGCUGGGUAGAGGUACAUGAAGGAUGUUGGACAGUCUUUCCUGCUCUACUGUAGAAAUGAGAUGACAGCACACAGACCAUGUACCCUUGUCUCCUGCUAAUCCUCUAAGCUGUCCAUUAACCUGCCUUUCCCGAGCAGGUUCCACAGAACCUGGCUUGCUUUUCUCCAGCAGCUGACAGGUAUCUCCCCAUUCUAAAGCACCCAGGUCUCCUCAGUGCUUCCUCGUACGCCACUCACCCAGCCUUCAAGAACUGCUUUAAGUUCUGCCUUGCGAUAGCUUGGGUUGCAUAGUAAUCACUUCUGCUCAGUUUCCUUCUGCUUGUACUGUGGGCCAGUUCUUACAGACUGGCUGAGGUAGGUGAGAGAACUUGCCUGAGACCUCGGAAUCAAACCAG